CUUUUAUAUAAAACUUACAGGAAGUCUAGAAACACGGAGGAACAUUGGGUUUCACUGGAGAAAUACCAAGAAUUUGGGUCUGAAAAAUGAAAAUGGCUUCUCUCUUUGCCCAGUUGCUCUGUAUCUUGAUGAUAACAAUGGCUUCCAUUGCUAUUAUAGAGGCUAAAAGAAUUGGAAUAGAAAUUGGAAGCAGAGAAGUAGCAGAGUUCAGAGAGUUCGAUUACUUCGUCUUGGCGCUGCAAUGGCCUGGAACAUUCUGUCACCGCACCGACCAUUGUUGUUCCUCCAACGCCUGCUGCCGACGCUCAAAUGCUCCAACUGAGUUUACAAUCCAUGGGUUGUGGCCUGACUACAACGAUGGAACCUGGCCUGCCUGCUGCACCCAUGAAAGCUUUGAUGAAAAAGAGAUCUCAACGUUACUUGAUGCUCUAGAGAAGUAUUGGCCAUCUCUAAGUUGUGGUAAACCAUCAACCUGCCAUGGCGGGAAAGGAUCAUUUUGGGCUCAUGAGUGGGAGAAGCACGGGACUUGUUCCUCUCCUGUUGUUCAUGAUGAAUACAGUUACUUCUUAACGACCCUCAAUGUCUAUUUCAAACACAAUGUCACUAGUGUCUUGAAAGAAGCAGGAUAUGUACCUUCUAAUAAAGAAAAAUACCCACUUGGAGGCAUUAUUUCUGCCGUUCAAAAUGCUUUUGGAGCAACCCCGUUGUUGAUUUGCAAAAAUGGUGCAGUGGAAGAACUUCGCCUGUGCUUUUACAAGGAUUUUAAGCCACGUGAUUGUGUUAUUGGAUCUACUGGUCAAAGUUUUGUGCUAUCUUCAAGAAGCUCAUGUCCUCAUUAUGUCAGCUUACCAAUACCAGAAUAUGCAUCAUUUGCUAUCGAACCAGGGGUUGAAAGUGCUGAAACUACCAUUUCAUCUGUGCUCGGCGAUGAAGCUCUUUGAGAUCUUGGCAGCAUGUAUGUGUUGUGAAAUGCCCAAUUUGUUGAGUUCCUAUCUGUAUCAGCCAAAUUAUGAGGUUCAUAGUUAAUCUUUAUGCUAAAUGCUGCAUAAAUUCAGACCAUCCCAACACAUUAAAUUUACGAGCUGUAGGAAAAUUCCAUUAUUUCCCAAUCUGUCUUACGUUGUGUAAAAUUAAUCUGAAUGUUUAUACAUCAAAUUCACUAGUGCCGAGGUUAAAGCCUCGUCAAGUUACAGGGCCAGGUAUUUAGAUUCUUCCUGAUAAAAGAAAUUCCCUUUUCA